CUCCAGGAGGCGGGAGUUGUGCAGCUCACUGGGAGACUCUAAAAGGGUCCAGUUUUAAUUCUGCCUCUAAUCCCUGCCACAGCCGCGCUUCCCACAGCAAGCUCAAGGUUGGGAUCUAGCACCGGGGCUGAAUCUCCGCCUGAUUUCUAUUUCUCCUUGCCUCUCGCCAAAGAAGGAACCAUGCCGGGGGCGCCUUGGCAAUGGAAACCUUAGAAGAGGAGGAGGAAGAGGAGGAGGAGGAAGAGGCAAAAGUGGCUUCGGGGGCUCAUUGAGGCGGCAGCGGCGGCGUGCCAUAGCAAAGGAGGCGCACGAAAAUGAAGGCGCUGGUGCGACAUGGGCUGGCGGUGUCUUUUGCGCUCACCACCAUGUGCACUAGCUUGUUGCUCUUGUACGGCAGCCUCGGAGGAGGAAGCGGAGGGAUCGGAGGAAGCGGUGGUGGAGAAGGCCAGAAAGAGCCAAGCCAGCAGCAGCAGCAGCAGGUGGCGGUGACAGCCAGCCAGAAGCCUGCCAGCCCUUUGCAGCUCAGCAGCAGCAGCCCCAGCAGCGCGCGACGCCCACCCGCGCUCUCCGCCCGCCCACUGGAAGGCUACAUCAGCGUCCUCGACCACAAGCCUUUGAAAAUGCACUGUGCGAGCUGUGCCCUAGUUACGAGCUCUGGACACCUUUUGCGAAGCCGACAAGGCAGUAAGAUUGACCAGACAGAGUGCGUAAUACGAAUGAAUGAUGCACCCACGCGGGAUUUUGGAAAAGACGUUGGAAACAAGACAAGCCUGCGGGUCAUAGCUCACUCCAGUAUCCAGAGAAUUUUGAGAAAUCGCAAUGAACUCUUAAAUAUGAGCCAAGGGACUGUAUUUAUAUUCUGGGGUCCCAGCAUCUACAUGAGAAGAGAUGGCAAAGGAUUAAUUUAUAAUAAUUUGCAACUGAUGAACCAGAUACUACCUCAGUUGAAAGUAUACAUGAUAUCACGGCACAAGAUGCUUCAGUUUGAUGAUCUUUUCAAACGGGAAACUGGAAAAGACAGGAAGAUAUCCAACACUUGGCUUAGCACUGGAUGGUUCACAAUGAGCAUCGCAUUAGAACUGUGUGACAGGAUAGAUGUCUAUGGAAUGGUGCCACCAGAUUUCUGCAGGGAUCCUAAACAUCCUUCGGUACCUUACCAUUAUUAUGAACCUUUGGGACCAGAUGAAUGUACAAUGUACCUUUCACAUGAACGGGGAAGAAAAGGAAGCCACCAUCGUUUUAUCACAGAGAAGCGAGUGUUUGAGAACUGGGCCCGGACUUUCGAUAUUCAUUUUUUUCAGCCAGACUGGAAACCAGAAUCUCUUCCUCUGAAUCAUGGGAAGAUUAAACUGGCAUUCUGAGGAAUGACUGCACAAGGCUGUGCCCACAAUCACCUACUGUAGCAGGCUUCAGGGGAUUGAAUACUGUAUUGCAGCAAGCCAACCUAGAGAAGAAAGGUUCACAGGGUUUGCGGAUGGAAAUUGCUACAAUAUUCAGGAAGUUAUUGCAAAGGAAUACCUAACAAGGACGCCUGGUAUCCAGUUGUAUCUAAAGCAAAUAUUUUAACUUCUGUCUAUUGUACACACAUAGAUGUAUGUGAUUUUGUUAAGGAGAAGAAAACGAUGGAGAAAUCUGUGGUAUUAUAAGCAUAGUUUGAGAUUUUAAUUGGUCAUGUUUUUAAGGCACGUCGCCACUGGGUUUUCAUAGUGACAUUUAACAGUUCCUUACUUAGUGAAGGUUUUUAAUGCAAUUCAGUAUUUUUCUAUUUCACAAUGAUAUGGUUAUUUAUCUUUCAUAAUCCCUUCAAAACUGAGGAUUUAUAUUGCUGCUGGUUUAAGGCCCAGCUUCUUGUUUAUACAUUUUUCUCUUUGAAAUAUAGGAUGAUCCUAUCUAGCAUGUAAUUAAUAUUUGAUCUGGAAGUGAUGUAUUUUAUUUUUUUAUUUUUUAUUGUCGGGCAGUGUUCCAGCAUCAAGCCGUUUGACAGCGAGUAGGUCAUUACGUGAUGCUGUAGCAGAGAAUGAUGACCACAACGAUAGUCUGUGGCAUCCUGCACACAUGUAACAGAAAUAUGGAGGACUCUCCAUUACCCAAUGGUUUUAGUCUUUCGGUAUUCAAAGUAACUAUCAAGAGCUGAGCUACAAGUUGGCUCUUGGUUCACCUCAUCAAAAGGUGGCCUAGGCAAGCUGGACUUCGCUGUGAGUUGCAAAGUUGAUGUGUUGCUUUGUACGUGCCGUCUGGACAGUGGUUUAGUUCCCCUGUUUUAGAUUUCAAAAGAUCAGGCUGCAAUCCUAUAUAUACUUAUAUGGCAAUUUCCCAAAAUGUCAGUCUGUUGCAGCAAAAAAGAAUGAAGAGUCCUGUGGCAUUGUAAAAGACGUAACAGAUCCAUUAAAGCAUUAUAUGGGAGUGUGAGCCACUGAACUCAAUGGUGAGACAAGCAUGGAACUGCACUGCUUAAAGGGGAAUAUAAAAGAGGAUGAGCGACAUGAAUCUGUCUAGGCAAGAUGGGAUGAAAUGGCAAGGAAAGUAAGGAAAUCUGACUGCAGCCUUUCCUGAGGAGGGUAGAGCCCAACUGCAUGUAAAUACAGGGUUUGUGUGUAAUUGUAGCAGUUUUUAAAAGGCUGGCAAAUGUAAAUUUUGUGCCAGAAACCAACAACGUGUGUGUUUUAAAGUGUAGGAAGCAGUGUAGUUCUGUUCUCAAAGCCAACAAUUGGUUCUGGCCAUAAAAUGUGCCAGCUUUUUUGAGAUGCACUGAGGAUACCUAGUUCUUGCCAAGUUGACUGAAUGGCACUAAUAGUUCUGUAUAUGGAUAGUUGCACAUUAUGUUUUUGUGGGAUUAUAUCUGGCUUGUGAAUAAAGAGGAUUUCAUUUGCA